GUAAAAGAAGACCACCGUUUCCUGUCAGAUCAACCUUGGAAAGACAUCAGCUGAGAAUCACGCUUCCGAAGAACUCUUGCUUGCUUAGUUUUUCGCCCAGAUAUAACUGAGCAUAACUCUCAGAAACGUCCAGGGCACCUCCUAACACACGAUACGAUGGCCCCACGCAGCGGCAGCAGCGGCAACAACGUUGCCUCUCAAGGCGGGUGGGCGCACACGCCGUCGACUCUAAUCCUCCUCUGGAUGGCCGUCUCCCUGCCUCUGGUCGUGUGGGACACGGGCUACAUGCUGCUGCGGCCGCACACGAUGCCCGGCGGGCGGCUGCACUACCCGGUGUGGGUGCCGUACGCGCUCUACGGCGAGGUGGACCACAUGUACGGCUCCAAGCAGUGGAACCUGCGCAACCCGUUCGCGGCCGGCCAGAGCAUCAUGAACGCCGUCGAGACGCUGCUGUACCUGGUCUACCUGGGCCUGUGGUACGCGUACGGCAGCCCGCCGGCGCCCGGGGCGAGGCGGGCGGUCGGCGGCCGCGUCGGCGGGUUGGCGGUGCUCAUCGGGUUCAGCGCGGCGGUCAUGACUGUCAGCAAGACGGUCUUGUAUUGUGCGUGAUGCUCUCGAUGAUUACGGAUUGUGGAGAGGGGAAGGCGAGUGUCGUGACUGAC